AUGGUGUUUAAGAAUAGAGAAGAAUUCAAGCAGCAUAUGGCAAUGUAUGCCAUUAAGAACAAGUUUAGGUUUAGGAAUAGCCGAUCAUGUCCAGAGGGAAUGGUGCUUAGGUGUUUCAGCAGGACGUGCAACUGGCGAGUAUAUGCUGCACUUAUCAAAAACACGCAACUAUAUGAGAUACGCACAGUGGAACUCAGGCAUACCUGCUCGAUUGAUGACAGAUCCGGAUACCAGACACAAGCAACGCACACUGUUAUAGGCGGCAUAAUGAAAGCACAGUUUGCUGUACGAGGAGCAGGCCCGAGACCUAAUGAGAUCAUGCAGGCCAUGCGGGGUAACCAUGACGUCAACAUUUCCUAUUGGAAAGCUUGGAGGUCGCGUGAGUUUUCUUUUGAUUAUGCUAAAGGAACUUGUGGCGCAUCGUACAACCUCCUUCCUGCUUAUCUUGAGAAGCUGAUCCAUUCAAAUCCGGGCACAAUCACAGCAAUGCAUACAGAGUACGCUGAAGGGAUAGGCCACAAAUUCAAAUACUUGUUCCUUGCUUUGUCUGCCUGCGUAGAAGGAUACAAGUCAAUGAGGAAGGUGGUGAUUGUGGAUGCAUCAGCUCAAGGUGGUAAUUAUCAAGUGUUUCCCAUAGCGGUAGCAGUGGUGGAUGGUGAGAACGACAAAGCUUGGGAAUGGUUUUUAAAAAACCUUACACAGUUUAUUCCUAACGAGGAGGAGGUUGUCUUUGUUUCUGAUAGACAUCCUUCAAUUUACUACGCAAUUGCAAAGGUUUAUCCUCUUGGAAAGCAUUGCGCUUGUAUCCUCCACCUAAAGAGGAAUAUCCGGACACACUUCAAAGACAAGCACCUUGGAUAUCUCGUUGGGAAAGCAGCACGGGCUUACCGUCUUUCGGAGUUCUACAAGACAUUCACCGAGAUAAAAAGGGUAAAUGCAGCGUGUGCUGACUACCUAAUUGGAAUUGGGUUCGAGCACUGGGCAAGGUCGCAUUUCACAGGGGACCGCUACAACGUUAUGACAAGUAACGUUGCGGAGACGUGGAACUCAGUUCUCCGUGAAGCUAGAGAAUUUCCUAUUUUGUCGCUGGUGGAGUACAUAAGAUCAAAGCUGAUGCACUGGUUUUCAUUAAGAAGACAGAUAAAGGCAACAGGAAGCAGCAUAUUAACACCUCGGGUCGUGGAGAUAAUGACGGCUAAUUUUGAAAACAGUGGAGGGUUUAGUGUCAGCUUGGUCGAGACCGGAGAGUAUGAGGUUAAGGAAAGAGAUGGAGAUAUGUAUCAUGUCAGUCUGAACACUAAAACAUGCACAUGCUACGAGUUUCAAACGCUUAUGAUUCCAUGCACACACGCUAUCGCUGCAGCGACAAGGUACAAGGUCCCGGUAGAAACUUUGGCUUGUGAAUAUUAUAGUUUGGCUUACUACAGGGAAGCUUACUCUAUCCCCAUAAAUCCGGUUGUCGAAAUUGAGAAUGUGGAGACCCUGGCAAGCGACGCUUCAGACAACGUCGUCAAAAUCCAUCCUCCAUCAACCAGAAGGCCCCCCGGACGGCCCAGAAAAAGCAGGAUACAAUCUCGUGGGGAAUAUGAGGGCGGAGGAAAGAGAAACACUAAGUGUGGUAGAUGCAAGGGCUUAGGUCACAACCGAGCUACUUGCAAAAUGCCGAUAUAA